UUGUUUUUUGCUUCGUGAUCGGCUUUGCUUGUCGCAGAAUGGCGACGGCCGCAACGGCCGAAGGGAGAACAGAGCCUGCCGCAGCUGCAAAACCAGAGUCGAGCGCCGAGGGACCCGGAGGAGGGGCCGCCAGGAGCUCGGGACGGGUACAUGAGCAUCGCGUGUUUUGUUUCUCUAUUUAGUGCCUCUCUCUCUCCUCCCUCUUUCUUUCUGUCCCUGCACGCGCAGCGUCCUAACUACAGUCUCAAGUUCACACUAGUGGGCCACACAAAGGCAGUCAGCUCCGUGAAAUUCAGUCCAGACGGGCAGUGGCUGGCCAGCUCAGCUGCAGACAAGACGGUCAAGAUAUGGGGGGCCUAUGACGGCCAAUACGAGAGAACCAUCACUGGGCACAAGCUGGGAAUCUCAGACGUGGCGUGGUCUCAGGACUCAAAGUACCUUGUAUCGGCGUCUGACGACAAGACUCUCAGGAUAUGGGAGAUGGCAACUGGGAAGUGUCUCAAGACCCUCCGCGGGCACACCAACUACGUAUUCUGCUGCAACUUUAACCCCCAGUCAAACCUAGUCGUGUCUGGAUCGUUUGACGAGAGUGUGAGAAUGUGGGACGUGAAGACUGGAAAAUGUCUCCGAACCCUCCCCGCGCACUCUGACCCCGUCUCGGCCGUCCAUUUCAACAGAGACGGCUCUCUCAUCGUGUCGUCCUCCUACGACGGCCUCUGUCGUAUUUGGGACACAUCUUCAGGACAGUGUUUGAAGACAUUAGUCGAUGAUGAGAAUCCGCCAGUCUCGUUUGUCAAGUUUUCACCCAAUGGAAAGUACAUUCUGGCAGGCACCCUGGACAACACUCUAAAACUAUGGGACUACAGCAGAGCCAAGGUUGGGCUGGGUUCACAAUAUGUCGCACUGCCCCGUCACACCUUGCUGCUUUGCCACAUCGCGAGGAUAGAAUCUGUUUCUUUCUUCGCGGCACGGCGCGACAGGGCAAUGCGACAUACUGUGAACCUAGCCCGAGAGUGUAUGUACUCUCUUCCUCCCCUCCUCCCUCUCUCUUUACAUGCAGUGCCUCAAAACCUACUCCGGACACAAGAAUGAGAAAUACUGCAUCUUUGCCAACUUCUCGGUCACUGGCGGAAAGUGGAUUGUGUCGGGAUCAGAGGACAACUCAGUGUACAUCUGGAACCUCCAGACCAAAGAGAUUGUCCAGAAAUUGGAGGGACAUAAAGACACAGUUCUCUGCACAGCCUGUCAUCCAACCGAGAACAUGAUUGCCUCGGGAUCACUGGAGACCGACAAGACAAUCAAACUAUGGCGUUCGGACACAUGACAUGACCACGAUGUCAUAAUUAUCACAUGCUGCACAAUGAUUGUAUGAUUUUGUACAAACCUAUAACUUCACACAAAUCAAAUAUUUCUUUGGGUUGGCGC